CUCUCCUUGCUGUCCGUGGCAUUCGAGGAGCCGCUGCUGCUGCUGGCGGACGAGGUGCACCAGGAACGCUCCUUCUCCCCGUUGCGCCCGUUCCUGUCGUUCCGCCGGGUUCUGGCCGAGGCCGGGCCCCCGCUCUCCUCCUCCGUCCAGCUCGUCUCCUUCUACUCCCUCUCCAAAGGCGUGGCCGGGGGAGGAUUCCGGGCGGGAUUUUUCGACCUGGUGAACAUCGACCGGCGCGUCCUGAGGAGCUUCUACACGUGGGGGCUGUCGGUGUAUCCGCCCAUCCUGGGCCAGGCCAUGCUGGACGUGGCCAUGGAUAUCCCGGAAUCCCAGGAUUCGGCCUACGAGGCCAUGCAGGAGGUGAGGGGGGAUGUUCUAUCCCAUCCCAUUCU